UGCUUUUAUCUAUCGGAAACUAAUCCCUCGAAUGCGACAAUCCAUAUCGCUGUCACUCUGUUCAGUCGGCGACACCGACCUGACCGGAAUUCACGCAUUAUACGAAAAAACAAACACCAUGUCACCAUUUUUUCUGAUCGACCUCGCUCUAGUUAUCGGUUUUGUGCACUGUGAUAGACAGCAAUAUUUCGAGGAUAUGAUCAAAAGCAGAACAGAUCAUGCUUUGAAUUACAAGUUCCAGGAGGAUGCUAAGAUGUACGAAGCAACGGAUAAGGCUACUGUCACAGAUUUUGGCAUCUACGAUUUCAUCGUGAUAGGAGCCGGAGCCAGCGGAAGCGUGAUAGCGAAUCGAAUCUCCGAAAUAAAAGACUGGGAGAUUUUGCUGUUGGAAGCGGGAGAUGAUCCGGACGAUUUCGUUAUGAUUCCCAGAUAUUUCGCUGUCAAUGUUUUAACUGAUUAUAACUGGGGAUAUCAGACAACUCCUCAGAAAAAUGCUUGUUUAGGCAAUAUAAAUCAAAAAUGCAGGUUACCGACAGGCAAAGGCACCGGCGGUACCACUCUGAUAUCGGAGCUGGUUUAUUCUCGAGGAGACCCACAAAUGUACGAUAAGUGGGCGAAGUUGGUCAAAGAUCCUAGUUGGGCAUUCAAAAAUGUGCUGCCGUACUUAAAAAAAUCAGAAAAUUAUACUGGUAACGUAGAAGACGGAUUUAUAGACGAAGGUUACCAUGGAUUUGAUGGAUACUGGCAAGUGUCGAAUUUUGAGAAAUUUUAUCCACUCUCAGAGAUAUUCUUAGCCGGAAAUGUUGAUAUGGGCGUCAAGUUCACAGACUAUAAUGGCAAAGAACAGAUUGGGUCGGCUAUAUUGCAGAUAAACACGAAAAACGGUCGAAGAUGUGAUCAAUAUUCAGCAUUCAUUAAGCCCAUAAUGAAUGAACGAGACAAUCUGAAGAUCUCCAAACAAAGCUACGUCAUCAAAAUUGAAUUCAAUUCGACCAGAUAUGCAACUGCAGUGUUAUUCACGAAGAACAUGAAAAUUUACAGGGCUCGUGUGAACCACGAAGUAAUCUUAUCUGCAGGAGUGAUCGGGAGCCCCCAAUUAUUGAUGUUGAGCGGAAUCGGACCUAAAGAUCAUUUAAAACAGCAUGGAAUCGAAGUACUAGAAAAUUUGGAAGUUGGCAGCACGUUCAGAGAUCAUCUCAUGACGCAGGUAUUUUUCUCGUCAAAUUUGAGCUCGUCCGUCAACCACUCGCAAACCGAUCAAAUCAAGGAGUACUUGACCGGUCAUGGCAUUUUAACAGCCGCCAAUCCCAUAGACGUUAUCGGCGCGUACAACACUUUCAGCGGAAAAGAGUCUCAGACGUAUCCCAAUCUGCAGCUGUCCAUAUCCCAAGGUGGCAUUUCGGAGAUGACUAAGAAGCUGUUGAAUUGGAAUAAUGAGAUAUUCCAAGAAUUGUACGGGCAAACUGUUAAGAAUGCAUUCACUCUUGUUGCUUUGUUGUUGCACAGUCACUCCACAGGGUCUAUUAGACUAAAAUCAAGUAGUCCGUAUGAGUAUCCCCUAAUCGAUGGAAAUUAUUUGAGUGAUCCGAAAGGCCUGGACAUCGAAACAUUGUACCAAGGAAUCCAAAUAGCUCUGCGGUUAAUUAAAACACCAGCUUUUCAAUCGAUCAAUGCCACCUUAGCAGUACCCCAUAUUCCAGCUUGCCAACGGAUGAAGUACCUGUCGAAGGACUUUUGGUAUUGUUACAUCCGACAAGCAGUUAAAUCAGCAUUCCACCCUGUAGGUAGUUGUCUGAUGGGCGCUACUACGAACUCAGUGGUCAACAGCCAAUUCAAGGUCGGAAAAAUGAGGCACAUAAUAAUGGUCUAAGUCCACUCUUUUGAAAACUUGCGCCAUUCACAUAAAAGGUAUCAAUCUACCUAGAUCUAUCAGUAUAAAUCUAGUCUAACUCCUUGUUUCAGUCUCCGGUCAAUAGAUGGCGCCAUCAGACUCAUAUUUUGAUUUUAAUUCAAUAUACUUCACUGUAAAAAUGGUAUUAUCAUCCAUUCAGGAUAAUACUGGAACAUCUGAGGAGUUAGACCAUUAUUAUUCUAUGUGCCUCAUAAUAUAUAGUCAAAGUGUCUCUUCGAGCAUUUUUUUUUGUAAUAAAUUUUCUCCUAUUGAAGGUAUACGGCGUGAAAGGUCUGAGAGUGUGCGACGCUAGCGUAUUUCCUCUUGCCCCUUCUGGACAACCCGUCGCAAUUUGUGCCAUGAUGGCUGAGAAAUUGACAGACCUUCUCAAACAGAAGUACGGAAAGACCAGCAGAAACUGCGAUCCAUAGAAAAUGCUGUCAUAUGUAUGAUAUAAAUGAUUGUACCGUAGUCCUAAGCAGCAAAUCGCAUACUUCAUACAUUUGAGGUGUUUCUUUUCAACAUCUCUAUAAUAAAGAACGUGUUCUUAAAUUA